AAUCCACCAAUGGCGUGUUGUUAACGCGGAGGAUGUAUUCGUUUGGAUUUGGGUAGAAGGGCAGUUUAUUUCCUGAUAGCUUUUUGCUAUCUAUGUUAUUGAUCUACUGUUAGCUAGAUGUUUUACUAGGUUUUGUGAAACCAUAGAGUCAGCUGUAACGUUAGACAUGGGGGAGCCCAAGACGCCCAAAUUUGGGUCCAUAGAAGAAGAGCUGAGUUUCUGGAAGGAGCAGUCAGACAAACACCAGCAAAGGGCUGAGGAGGCACAGGAGGAGUUGCAGGAGUUCCAGCAAAUGAGUAGGGACUAUGAGGCGGAGCUGGAGACUGAGCUGAAGCAGUGUGAAACACGGAACAGAGAACUACUGUCCAACAACAACCGGCUACGCAUGGAACUGGAGAACAUCCAGGAGAAGUACGAGGCGCAGCACUCUGAAGCGUUUAGGCAGAUCUCAUUGUUGGAGGGAGACCUGGAAGAGACCACAGCGGUCAAGGACCAACUCCAGAAGUACAUCAGAGAGCUGGAGCAGUCCAACGACGACCUGGAGAGGGCCAAGAGGGCGACCAUCAUGUCCCUGGAGGACUUUGAGCAGAGGAUGAACCACGUGAUCGAGAGGAAUGCCUUCCUGGAGAGUGAGCUGGACGAAAAGGAAAACCUUCUGGAGUCUGUCCAGAGACUAAAGGAUGAGGCCAGAGAUUUACGACAGGAGCUAGCUGUACAGCAGGUCCAGGAGCGACGCCCCCCCAGUAGCCUCUCUAAAGAGAAAGACAGGACCGAAUCAUCAUCACGCUCCACCAUACCGACCACCCUCUCCAAACCACUUGGUACAUUCCCAGCAACCCCAGCCUCAAGCAUUCGUCGAGGGGAUAACCUAACAGGAACUCCCCUGACUACGUCGGCUCGCAUAUCUGCACUCAACAUCGUCGGGGAGCUCCUAAGAAAAGUCGGGAACCUGGAGUCCAAGUUGGCGUCUUGUCGAGACUUCGUAUACGACACGUCGCCGAAAAGAUCGGCUCUUCCGUCGUGUCCCGGUACCCCCUCUGCUAUAGAGGGAGGCACAGAGAUCCAGGCCUGCAGCAUGAGCCCUCCACACUACGACAGUUUGGUGAAGAGGUUAGAGUUUGGACCUGCGCCUCCUCGGGGGGUCUCCUCCCAUGGCUCCCAGUCACCAUCGGGGGGAGUCAAGAUCCUGCUAUGAAACGAGGGCCUCCCCUGCCCCCCUCCACCUUCACACCCCUGCACCAGACUGUACUACCCAUCAGUAGGGCUUUAAACUGUGUCCCACUCUCACUACACUACCAGCUGAACAUCCUCCCCCCUCAGUCAAACUCUGAACCAGGAAGCUGCUCCAUCUAUCAACUUAUUUGCUGCAUGGACUCUGAGAAGAACUGCCGCGUCACGAUGCUACAGUUUUAUUUUAUUAAUGAAUAAUAGAAGUGAGGAUUCCUUGACCCCGCUGCAUGUCCUCCUGCUGAUCCCUUAACAGGACUUGGGUUCAGAGGUCACUAUGCCACUAACACCCCCCCCCCCCCCCCCCCCCAUACCCGGUCCUUCUUGUACCCAAGUUCUCUGAUUGGACUCCAUCUUGGAUUCUUGGUGUGCCAGCUGUAGCAGAAGAGUGAAGUUGGUCGAUAAUUGGUGAUGUUAGCAUUGCUGCCUUUUUUCAAUAUAUCACCACCACAUGUAAGUUUUGCCUAGUCAUGAUUCCUUUCUGUAUGUCUAACUCUCUGAUAUGUCCGUUCGUAGCUAAGCCGCAUAUGUGCUUAGAGGCUAUACGUGUAAAGUGUCGGAGAUGGUAAGUUAGGCUAGCUUUACCUUUUGGAGAAUGUGUAUUAUUCCUUCGUGCUGUGUUGUCAUCUGCUGUAAAAGCUAAGGAUGGUCUGAAGUUUUAUGGGUACUACUACUUUACAGGUCAAUGUUUCAGUUAAAAGCAAUGGUUUAUUAAUGUACAAAUAUACAUUAUUUUAAAGGUCUUCUACCUGGUAACUUGAAAAAGUAUUAUCUGUGAGAAAUGCACAGACUAGCUAGCCUAUACCCUGUCAUGCAUUUGCAGAAUGUUUUAUAAGGUAGGCAAGAUAUAGGAACAGAGAAAGUACAUUGAGUUACCUUCUGAGAAUCUCAAAUUUAGUCUAGGUCUUUGGCAAAGACAUUUCUUUCUGUUACUAAAGUUGCCAUUCAGUGUUGAAGUUUUAUUUUUUUCCCUCUAUUUGUUUGAUGGUUUGUAUAUGUUUGUUUUUUUACGAGUUGGAGGGUUAGGGGGCACCACUGCACUGCUGAAUGUAUAGAAUCUAUACUAUAGAAUCUAUAUUGCAGAUGUUUCUAAUAGGAAGUGGCCUAAAGACAGCUUGAGCAGGUCAGUCGACCCAUAAUUCCUGUCAAAAGACUGAUCUUAUAUCAGAUCAGGGAGCUAUCAAAGAUGACAAAAUAGCAAUAAUAGAUUUGCCAGACUAGAGUUCGAUUUUACAGAAUAGGGUUUCGAGAUAAAGCACAGUUCAUACUAUAUUUCCAAAACCAUUAUGGAUGAUGCCUUGGUUACACUGUUAAUGCUGGACGUAUGAAUUCAUUACGUACUGUUUAAAAGAGAAUGUUUCAGCCUUUGUCUUUCCAAUGAGGAGCAAUAGUCCGAUAUCAAGGACAUAUGACUGUAGGGCAUGUUACUACUCAACAGAUGGAACGUUUGUACUUAUUAAACAAUGUUUAUAUUGGUUCCGUCCAUGUGCUUUAUCCAAUUCCCCUGUCAUGUUUCUGAUAAAGGAGUUGGUUAGAACACAGAUUUGAGACCAGGAUAAUAUGUCUACAAAACAACUCUGUUACAGCUGCUGUUCUUGUGUAAGUACUCUGCUGUUGUGUAAGGACCAGGAAGUACUGUUUGUAGAGCUUCUUUUACAACUGUACAUGUAACCAACCGUUGGCAACCGUUUGUGGGUGUGUUACUAACAUACUAACUUCUGUUUGGAUUUACAUUAAUGUAUGCACCUGAGGUGCUCUACCUUUUUGACCUGUUGGUUUGCGAUCCUUUUUGUAUCAAAAUGAACAGAUAAAAUGAACAUUCUAAACAUG